CUUGGACUGGGAUUGAUGGUCAAGGUGAGUCCUGGGCUGGUGACGAGAAGAAAAACGCAUUUCCAUCGUUUGCCUUGCGGAGUCACAGUCAUUCUUUCAAACAAUGGUUACAUAUGGAUAUCUCCGAUGACGGGUAAAAAUGCCGAGGAAGAAGGCGUUUCUGCGCUUAGUGAACUGCCUCUGCUGUCUGAAGAAGAUCGGCAGAUUUUUGCACGAGUGAGGAAUUGCAUCGUGGUGCUUGCAGAUAAUUUUGAGAGCCUCACGGACACCAGUAUUGUCAUGGCGUAUGAAUCUGCUGAGAGGUUUCCGCCAAAGGACAUUUUGCGUCCCAUGGAAAGGAAGAUGAUUCUGCAAGAAACCAGAGUGCGAAUAGAAAACCUGGCCAGAGAUAUUUGAAUUUUUACCACGGUGGCCGUUUACUGUUUUUUCCGAGUGAUGGAAAAAAAAUUUUGUAACGCUGUUGAGUUCUGUGGUAAUUUUUCAUUUGAUGGCCGUUUAUUCUUGUGCUUGCAGAUUGAUAAAUCCAGUGAGUUUU